AGAAGAAAAAUCAGUCUUUUGCACUACCUUGGGACUGACUCUUCAUGGCGUUAAGUGAGAGCAUCUCCUCCGAUAGCGAUGAUGAUCUUUACACAAAAAGUAUCGAUCUAGAAAAGGUUAAAGUUACGCCUCAUAACGACAUUCUGCCCUCAAACUCAACAAAGCAGGAAUCAAGGCAAAUAGGUAGUUCAGUAGCAGAGAUAGAAGUGAUCGAUGAUGACGCAUCAUUAGAUUUACCCGAUACGGAGCAGAUUUCACAGAGAGCAAAGGAGGCACGAAAGAAAAGGAUAGAACAACUAGCCAGGAAGGAAUUGUUAGAGCUAGAAAAGAUUAUAUCUGAACCGGCGUUAGGCUUCAUUGCACCUUAUCCAAAACGAACAAAACGGGUGAACUGUUCUAAAGACACCCAGGAAAUUGGAAGUGGAAAUCAUGGUAUCGCGAGUUAUUUCAAAGAGGCUCCAGUAGCAGCUCCUGAUAAAUCCACGGAUGUUUAUGACCUAGCCGAACUCGACAAGGAAGUUAAUUUAUACGUGACGGUCUUUGUGGAUAAAGACGUUAACAGGAAGGGACGAUUUAUGACUUUGCUUCGUGACGAGCCGUUUGACAAGCUGCGACCGGAAUUUGCUAGAGAAUUGAAAUGUAAUCAGCUCGAUGUGAUGAUUCAUGUGAAUAAUGUCGACGCGGGUCCCGGUGAUACCCCGGAUUCUAUGGGUCUUGAUAUUGAUAAAUUAGCCGUGGUGAAUGUGUUUUCUCUGAGGUCGGAGGAAGGUGUUGGGACGGACUUUAGCACUGAUCCAUCUUUUAUUCCCGUGAAGUGUAUAUUUGCUAGUGGACGGCCUCGUUGUGUAUAUAUAAAACUAACCGAAACGUUUGAGGAGGCAAAAAAGAGGAUAAAGGAGGCACUGCACUUACCUGGCACUAUAGAAAAACUCGUAUUUGAUAACGAUGUCUUGGAGGAGUCGGAAACCCCGGAAUCCACAGAAAUGGAAGCGGAAGAUGUGCUUGAGGUUUAUCUCAAAACUUCUUGA